AUGGAAUCAAUGAAACUAGCAGAGGCGAAAUGGGAAGGGAAAACGUUAGUGGAGCUAAAAACCUUACCACCACAACAGGUCUGGCCUUUCCUAGCCGAUUUCUUUAACCUACAAAAAAUCGUCACAGACCUUGAAACUUGCUACCAAGUUGAAGGAGUCCCCGGCCAGCCAGGCCUGAUCCGCUACUGCGCCUUUCAGUCCACCGACGACGACCAGACCAACGGUCUGUGGGGGAAAGAGAAGUUGAUCUCGAUGGAUCCGAUCAAACGGUGCUUGAGCUACGAGAUUAUUGAGUCUAACAUGGGGUUCGGGUGGUAUGUUGGAACCAUGCAAGUGAUACCGAUGAACAACGAUGAAGGGUGCAUUAUCGAGUGGUCGUUUGUUUGUGAUCCGAUCGAAAGGAUGUCUUCGAAAGACAUCCUGUUUUUUAUACAAAAGAUGGCAAAGAAUAUUGAAGAGGCUUUUCUGUCUGGUACUAGUUCUACUGUUUGA